AAACAUCAUAUAAAAGUAGAAACAGUUCAACUGUAAUAUACGUAUAACAGCAAGUUAUAUCCUCAAUACGUUUAUAGAAAUUGAUUGAAUUGAAUGUAAAAACGUAUAUUCAAAUCAUUGCUAUAUUUACACUAAACAGUGUGGGGUUAGGUACUCAUUUUGGGUGAUGUACUACAAUAUUUAGGAAAAUAUCUGGUGGAUAUAGCCUUUAAAAACCUGCAAUUUAAGGUUUUAUAAGUAUAAAAUAAGAAAAUGGCAAAGUCGUUGCGCAGUAAAUGGAAGAGGAAAUGUAGAGCAGUUAAAAGAGAACGUUAUGGAGCAAAAGAAUUAGAUAGAUUAAAAAAAACAUUAGGCAUCACAGAAAAUGGUUCACAAGAUACCGAAAUGGGGGAUAUAUUAGAAAUUGCCACAGUCGUCGAUGCAAAGUCUUUAAAAGACAAUGCAAAGACAAAAGAUACGGAAGAAGGUGAUGUGGAUAAAAUGGAUGUGGACAAAGAAGUCAAGGUAUAUAACAAAAAAACAAUGCUUGACCAACAUGGAAAUUACCCAGUAUGGUUGAAUAGGAGAAAAAUUGCCAAGUUGAAGAAGGGCAGAGCGAAAGCAGAGAAAGGUGGUAGGAAAUCAAAGAAAAGGCUAACUAGGAGACAGAAGAAAGCAAUGAAACAGAAAUAACUUUUGUACAGAAUUAAUAUCAUUAAUUGACGCCUUUUUAUUUGACUUCACAUGUAAAGUAUAAAAAUAAAUGUUGUUAUAAUAAAUCGAA